AUGGCAUCUGAAAAGCCUGUAGCCCUCGUCAUUGGCGCUUCACGGGGUAUCGGUCGCCAAAUAGCCAUCGACCUCGCAAGCAAUGGCUACGCUGUAAUGCUAGCAGCAAAAACCACCUCCGACGCUAGCAAAACAACCCCUUUCCCCCCGGACCCAAACUCCUCCUCCUCAACAAUCUCAACAGUCGCCCGCGAGAUCCACGAAACCGGCGGCCAAGCCUCGACCGUGGCCGUUGACGUCCGCGACCCAGACCAAAUCCAACAUGCCUUUGACGAAACGCUGCGCGUAUACGGGAAACUAGACGUCCUCGUGUACAACUCCGGCGCGAUAUGGUGGUCUUCCGUUGAAGGGACGCCGUUGAAGAGGUUUAAGCUUAUGCAGGCUGUUAACCCGGAGGGAUUGUAUGCUAGUGUUCAGGCUGCGUUGCCGGUUUUCGGGAGGGGCGAUAGAUGGAAGGGGAGGAUUGUUGUUGUCUGUCCGCCUAUUUAUUCGAGGUUUUUUAGGGGGAAGACGGGGUAUGCUAUGGGAAAGGUUGGUAUGAGUGUUUUGGUCAAGGGUCUUGCUAUGGACUUUGUUCGUCAGGAGAGGAAUGAAAUGGCUAUCACGGGCAUCUGGCCUGCAGCGUCCAUCGAAUCUGCCGCAACAGAAUACAACAAAUCCUCCGAUAAAUCCUACAGAAAGGAUCUCCGGAAACCGAAAAUCUUCUCCGACGCAAUCCUAGCCAUGCUCCGCGCCCCGGCUACCCAGGUAAACGGCCUCCUAGACACGGAUGAGGACUUUCUCCGCGAGAAAUGCGGAGUCACCGAUUUCUCGCAGUACUCUGUGAUUCCCGGGUCGACGCCUAGACGGAUUAUGCCGGCCAAGUUUCCGGUUUUGGAGGUUGCGGAGCAGGAUGAUGAGGGGCAGAGGAUGGAUAGUACUAAGAUUCGGGCUGCUAAGAUUUAG